AUGUUUCCGGAAAAGAAUUUCCGAAAUUUUCCCUUAUGCACUAUCCCACUAAACUUUUACAUAUCUUAUUGCUUAACUUAUUUCUUUGUUAUUGUACAGAACAGUGAGCAAAUCCUUCCCUUAACAGCCGUUUGGGCAGGUGAACACGAACGUCUUCUUUACGACAGACUGACUCAUGGCUAUAAUGUUUUGGCCAGGCCUGUAAAAAAUGAAAGUGCACCUAUAAUAGUACAUUUAGGGAUGGAUUUACAGGCUAUUAUAGAUAUUGAUGAAAAAGCCCAAAUAAUGCAAACAAAUAUUUGGGUACGUAUGAAUUGGGAAGAUAUUUUUCUGACAUGGGAUCCAGCAGAAUAUGGGGAUAUUAAAGAAGUUAGAUUGCCAAUAACUUCUAUUUGGAAACCCGAUGUUCUUUUAUAUAAUUCUGUUGAUCAACGUUUUGAUACUUUAUGGCCAGUUAAUGCUAUUGUUAAAUAUAAUGGGUCUGUUACUUGGAUACCUCCAGCAAUUAUUAGAUCUUCUUGCAGAAUUGAUGUAACAUCAUUCCCCUUUGAUGACCAAACUUGUGCAAUGAAAUUUGGUUCUUGGACUUAUUCUGGCUUUUUUACUGAUUUAUAUAAUGAUUCUGUUUCUUUAGAUCCAUACACUCCAAAUGGAGAAUGGAAUUUAUUAAGUGUACAAUCAGUUCGAAAUCGAUUAGUUUAUGAUUGCUGUCCAGAACCUUAUGUUGAUGUUACUUUUCUUAUUUCUGUUAGAAGGCGAACCCUUUAUUAUGGUAGCUUUUAUUUUUAAAAUUAAUUAAUGAAGAAUUUAAAUUUUUUUUGGCCGAACGACAAAAUUAAAUAAUUUGGCCGUCUGGACAUUUUGUAAAUUAAUUAAGUUUAGGUUUUUCGUUAUUUUAUCCCAACUAAACAUUUUUACCAAUCCCUUUAUGUUCCUAAGUAACGAGUAUAGAAUUAGAGAAACAAUAAAUAAAGAGAUUGUAUAUAUUAUUAUUCUCUCUUUGUCUUUUAUUUUACUUUUUUCACUUAUUUUAUAUCACGUCUAAAAUUUAUAAUUGUUUUUUACUUUUAUUUUUGUCUUUUGCUGGAGUUUUUGGUUUUAAUUACCCAAGUUGAGGUAAAUAUCAACUUCACCCUUGAAAGAGUGGUUAAUACUUGGAAUAAAUUUUGGAAGUGCUUGGCCUUUGGUUGAGUGUAAAUUUGUUUUUUGAUUUAUUUUUUUUUUGAUUGUCGAUAAGUUGAGAAUUUUUUCAAUUCUACAGCAUACCGAAAAUUUAAGGUGGAUUUCAGUUAACCAAAUUGGCACAAUCGACACCAAUACUACCGCAGAUUAAAAUUAACUGAUCACUUUGGGUUUAAAAAAUUUUCUAAUCGAUUUUGUUUAAACCAAAAUUGCAAAUUUUCGGGAUUCAAACCUGUAACAUACAUAUGUA